AUGCAGUACCUCCAUUUUAUCCGGGACCACCUCGACACGCUCAUUGUGCUCUUGUUCGACGUCCAGCGCGACGGCAACGUGUUUGCUGAUAUUCUUCUGCGCCCCGAGCAGCUCGACGUCGUCGGCUUCUUGCUCGCGGGCGGCGACUCGUUCGUGCAGCAGCAGUACUACCUGAGCACCAUUUACCCGAAAUGGGUCCACGGCGCCCAGUACACAAGCAAGCUCGCCAAGUGGCUCAAGAAAUACCUCACGCUCAACGACGCUUUGUACCCGCCCAUUGGAUUUGCAUUGACGCCGUCGAUGCACUUUCAGCUCCACGGGUCCUUUGACCUGCAUGACGGCGGCGACAUGGACGACUCGGAAGGCGCGAUCCACCUCCAGCGACCGCUCGUGCUGAGCAACAUCGCCAAGUCGACCGUCAUCAAGCGCGCCGACGAGAUGACGCCGCGCUCGGACGUCACGAUCUUCGCCUGCCACGACGCGUUCAUUUACAUUUUGGGCCCCAUUGUGCUCGUCCCCAACAACGGCGUGCUCUCGAUCGACCGCUGCGAGAGCGUCAAGGUCACGGGUGUCGCCGCACUGCUUCGCGUCCACAACUGCUUGGAUUCGGUCUUCAACGUCUAUACACCCCGACGGGGCCUCUUCUCGGGCGACAACCGCGGCCUCGUUGUUGGCCCGUACAACUGCACCUACCCGAUGCUCGAGCACCACUUGAGUACGAGUGAGUUUGCUUUCGCGCCGCACACCGCCGGCAUGUGGGACAAGCUUCUCAACCUCGCGUCACCGGAAGACGCGACCGAGAAGGACGCGAUCGUGCUCCAGUCGCCAAGUCAGUUUCUCGACGUGUGCAUUCCCGUCAAGAUGGAACUGUCCGCGCCAGCAGUCAGCAAGGCGCCAUUAUUGACGCUGCCGCCGCCGUUCGAGGCUGUCGUGCAGCAGCUCCACGCCAACGUCGAGAGUCUCCGCCUUCUCCUCGCCGAAGACGACCUCGAGAGUGCUGGCAAGCGCGCGUUGGAGCAGGCGAUCCAGGCCAAGUUCAAGGAGUGGCUCACGUCGUCCGGCCAUGCGCGCGAAGUGCUCGACCUUGUCCAGCUCGAGAAAGCGCGCAGCCAAAGCACGUGAAACAGAAGGAACAAAACGACGAUUUUACGCUG